GGCGCCCACAACUACACGUCAGCGCAAGAGACACUUCGCAAGCACUUUACUUACACUCACAUCCUCUCAUCAAACCUCACAAAAGCAUCUUCAAAUCAGUCACCAUGGCGGCCACACUCACCGUCAUGUACCCCAACGAGGCCGACGCGAAGUACGACAUCGAAUACUACAAGACACAACACAUGCCUCUUAUGGAGAGACUUCUGGGGAAAUACGGCGUCAAAAGUUGGACCGUCACGACCUACCUACCCAGCGCGGAUGGAUCGGCUGCACCUUAUGUCUUCAGCUCAACUGUGACCUGGACCAGCGCUCAAGCCAUCAAGGAGGCAUUCGCGGACGAGUCUGCGCCGCAGAUUUUGGCGGACGUGGCCAACUUCAGCAACAAGCAGCCGGUAUUCCUGGUUGGUGAAAUCACAGGCUCGUCAGCUUGAACGCCAGAGGACAGAAAUAGCAGAGGAAUGCGCUGGGAGAUGGUGACAUGGGUUAACAACGGCAAUAUCGCCAGUCAAUCGGGAUUCAAGUUGGGGCCUCUGUAGCACAUGGGUGUACAACUG